UCAAUUGUCUCCGUAAAUCUAAACGACAUCCGCUCUGUAAAAUCAAGCCUUUCAUUCCAAAUAAACCUCUCUUCCCAAUUUCUAAAACCCUAAGUCCUGACAUCUGGAAAAAAUUUUCUAUGAAAUCUCCAUCUUUUGUUUAAGAUCAUAGGAAGCAAGCGAUGAUGAAUGAGAAAACAGAGUUAUGGCAAAUCAUCCACAUUCCUGAUAAGCCUCCGAUCUCACCUACCGAGCAACCCACAGUGAAUGCUUUUGCCUCGGUAAUUGAGCCAAAGCUUGCAAAUACUUUUAUAAGGCGUUUAAAUCAGAUAGCUCCACUUGAAAAUCUCCGCCAUGUGAAGCGUAUACAAAAGAGACAUGAUGAAAAGGGGAAAAAUCAGCUGUCAGUUAUCUUGUGCCUAGCUUCUGAGACUGAGAAUGGCAAGCAGUCAAACAACUUGCCUGAGAAUGUACAAGAGCUAAUCAACUCUUACCAGUUGAGUCCUUUUAUCACAAAAGUUUGUAAAUAUGCUGCAACAUCUAGAGAAGAGUGGGAAGAGCAAUGCAAACUUUGGCCAACAUCAUAUCAUCCACCUACUUACAAUAUUAAUGGCAUUACUGGAUUUGGUGAAGAGGACUCACAAUCAGUUUUCGACUUCAUGAAAGUGGCUGUUGACUUGGCAAAAUCUGGUGGUGGUUUGAUGGUCAAUGCUGCAGUUAUAGUGGAUCCUUCUGUUCAGCAGAUUAUUGCAACUGGACAUGAUCAAAUCUAUUCAUGGCAUAACAAGACUGGCACUGAAAAUAGCCACCUUAAAAAGCCAGCCUCCUUUGCUUCUAAUCUCAAUUCCAAUGGCGCAAGUCAUUUAAAUGUGUUUCCUAACAAUUUGCAUAAUGGACCUGAAAGAUUAUAUGUUGGUGUUUCUUGUUUAAGUCCUUGGCAGUGGUGUGGGCAACAAUUGGAUAUGGAAACUUCUUGUUAUUUGCAUCCUUUACGACAUGCUGCCAUUGUUGCUAUUGAAUCUUCUGCUGAAAGGGAUAGGCGCCUAUUCCCUCGCUUGCUUCAUACUGAGAAGUCCUUUGAAGUGGAAUCUAUGCAGUCUUCUUGUGCAGGUUCUCCAGCAAAAAGACAGAAGACGAACCUUGCAAAUGUUGAGGAUGGGAAGGAAUUGGAUGCUCAUUCUGAAGCCGCAUCAGUGAGGCCCUAUCUUUGCACUGGUUAUGACAUCUACCUGGUAUGGGAGCCAUGUACGAUGUGUGCAAUGGCACUUGUGCAUCAAAGAAUUAGGCGUAUAUUUUAUGCUUUCCCCAAUCCAAAUGCCGGUGCAUUAGGCAGUGUUCACAGACUACAGGGAGAGAAAAGCUUGAAUCAUCACUAUGCUGUUUUCAGGGUAGUUCUGCCUCAAUAGGUUCUUAAUAUGGCUUAAGUAAUUGCAAGGAAUGAUGAUGAUGACCAAGUUGCAACUUCUGUUUCUUAACAAGAGCAUCCUAAUAUCGAAUGUUUGACACUUUCCAUGAAGACAAUUGAGUGAUUUAUUUCCCCCUCUCGCCAAAUGCAAGCAUUUUUGUCAACAAAUAGCUGGGGUUACAGAAAUGUAUCUUUUUGCAGGGAGUUGGGUGAUGUUACUGUUUUGAAAGCAAUGGUGAUUCUGGUUACAUUCUGAUAUUAUUAGGAAUGUAAACUGUGGAAAGGAUUUCAUGCUAAUUCCCAUCACCCCAAACAAGCAUACGAGAGUUCAGGUUUUUGAUAAUUUUUUACAGAUCAGGUAUGGCCAUCUUGCCAUACUAGCCCUCUUCAUUUUAUCUAAUUUUUGUAGACCUGACUUUACAGUGGUGGAGCUAUUUACAGUGAAAUUUUUCGUAUCUGCCA